AAAUCAAACCACGAAACACCCAAACAACUUAAAAGUAACCUUAUUCAUUGAAGAUUGAAGACUGAGUUAGCGUAAAUUUUUGCUCAAUAUGAAAAAAUGGACUUGAAGAGAAUGUUUGUGAAAGUUAUCAUAUACUACCAUGCUUCUUAAAAAAACAUAUUUCUUAGUGUGACGACGUCGUCUGCUAUUAAUCCAACUUUGUUUACGCCUGGGCCUUACCCUUCACUAAGUUAUCACUCAACUGUGUGUUAUUUUUCUAAAUGUAAUUUUAUAAAUAUACAACAGAAAUGUAUUUCACAAUUUCCAGGAGUAUAAGUAAAUUAAAUUGCCUAGGACAGCUGUUUCCUCCUCGUUAUGUGUCUACACUGUCUCCUCUUGCAACAGCAUUUAAUUCACGCCCUAAUAGACGUUUAAACUUGACAUUACAAAAAGAUGUAGGAUUGUUUGGUCUGGAGCACCUCCAGCAGCCUGAGGGAUUUCAGGCGAUGAAAGAAGAUGCUAUAUCAGACACUCGUCGUCUAGUCCAGGAAACAUGUGAUCCUAAUCGCGAUAGAAAAAUGGUUGUAGUUUUUGAUGAGCUUUCUGAUUCAUUGUGCAAAGUGGCUGACCUUGCAGAAUUCAUUCGCCUAGCGCAUCCUAAAGAAGCAUUUUCCUUGGCUGCAGAAGAUGCUUGUAUAACUAUUAAUUCUAUUGUCGAGCACUUAAACACUAAUCGGGAACUGUACCAAGCCAUACGUUCAGUUAGUGAAUCUGGUGAUAUUUGUUCCACGACUGAUGUAGACAAACACGUUGCUAGACUCUUCCUUUUUGAUUUUGAACAAUCCGGUAUACAUUUAGAGGAAAAAGAUCGCCAAAGAGUUGUGCGUCUCAAUGAUGAUAUUUUACAGAAAGGGCAAAAGUUUAUGGCCGGGACAGCCCUUCCCAGAGCAGUGCAUAGAAAAUUAUUACCUCAGAAUAUUCAACACUUAUUCUCAGUAUCAGGAGACCAAGUUUUAGUUGCAGGGCUUUAUGGAGAUUCUCCUAACUGUGCUGCUCGAGAAUGGGCUUACAGAGUAUUUUUAUUCCCAGAUGAACAGCAGGAAGUACUCUUAAAAGAGCUUCUCUCAGCAAGACAUGAACUGGCUGUUACUUGUGGGUUUGUGUCUUAUGCUCACAGGGCUGUUAAAGGGAGUACUGUGAAAAACCCUGAGGUUGUCAAUGAUUUUCUUCAGAUUUUAGCAGAAAAGUUGAGGCCACAUUCUGAAAAGGAUUUAGAAGUAAUGCGAAGCAUGAAAAAGGCAGAAAUUGGUUCAUCAAGUGAUAUCUUUCCAUGGGACACACUUUACUACACUCGUAAAAUCAAAAGGGAGUGGCUUCAGGCUCCAAGUUCAGAUUUUUCCCCUUUCUUUUCUUUAGGAAAUUGUAUGGAAGGGUUAAAUUUACUGGUCAAUGCUCUCUAUGGCAUUCAGCUAAAGACAGUGGAUAUGAUGCCAGGGGAGGCUUGGACCCAAGAUGUUUAUAAAUUGGAAGUUGUCCAUGAGAUUGAAGGGGUCCUAGGACAUAUUUAUUGUGAUUUCUAUCAAAGGGCCGGUAAGCCUAAUCAGGAUUGUCACUUUACCAUAAGAGGAGGGAAAGUCCUUGCUGAUGGAUCAUAUCAGAACCCUGUUGUGGUAUUGAUGUUGAAUUUUCCUACCCCUAAGUGGUCUUCUCCUAGUCUUUUGUCUCCUGGAAUGGUGGACAACCUUUUCCAUGAAAUGGGUCAUGCCCUUCACUCCAUGAUGGCACGAACUCAAUAUCAACAUGUUACUGGAACACGUUGUCCUACUGACUUUGCUGAGGUUCCAUCUGUGUUAAUGGAAUAUUUCGCUGCAGAUCCGCGGGUGUUAGGAUUGUUUGCUCGCCAUUUUCAGACACAAGAACCCAUGCCUACUCAUAUGCUAGAACGCCUCUGUGCCUCCAAGCAUCUUUUUGCAGCAUCAGAAAUGCAAUUGCAAGUUUUUUAUUCUGCAUUAGAUCAAAUGUAUCACAGUGAGAAUCCAUUGGGUUCUACUGGGAGUACAAGUGAUGUUAUUGCAUCUCUUCAGGAGGAGUAUUACAACAUACCGUAUAUUCCUAAGACUGCAUGGCAACUUCGUUUUUCGCAUUUAGUGAGCUAUGGCGCUAAAUACUAUUCAUACCUAGUGUCUCGAGCCAUAGCAUCUUGGAUAUGGCAAAAUUAUUUCCAGGCUGAUCCUUUGAGCAGGUCUAGAGGGGAACAGUACAGACAGGAAUGUUUGGCACAUGGGGGUGGGAAACCUCCUCAUCUGCUUGUUUCGGACUAUCUGAAAAAAGAUGUGACUGCCAGUCAAUUGGCAUCUAGUUUGUUGCAAGAUUUAGAUACAAGAAAUAAUUAUAUCAAAGACAUGUGUAAGAACUCAAUAAAGUGUCCUUCAUAAUAAAUAA